AUGGAUUGCCGGUUUCCGUCGAAAGCGUCAGUCUCAUUGAUUUCACCCUCCUCGGAACCCGCGCGCGUGUGCUCGGGGAUCUACCCUGCUCCCCGUCGCCCCUCGCUUUCCGACGGCCAGACCCCCUUAGGCGCAUCUUGCAAAACGUGGCGAUCAACACCUGACCCGUCCCGCUUCCUCUGCCUUUCUCACCCAUACAGGUUCUCUGGAUCGGGCCGAGCGCGCAGUGAUCGCGAUGCUGGUGGUCUCGCACGUGUACCAGUCGAUUUCGGCGACCUGAGCAGCGAAGAUGACGAUGUCGGCCCCGGCAGCUCCAGGGUGAAGGUCGGGGCGCCCCCGGGAAAGAGUUUGGACAAAAUUCAGCCCAGCCACGGGUGGGAUGUGGACGGCGGUGCUUCGGACUCGGACUCGGACUUGGACCGGGAAGCUAAGACCAAGAUCGAUGGCGAUGUCAGUGUCAUCGCAGCCGAGCUGCGGGCAAGUCUGAGGGAGAAGCGCAAGCGUAAUAUUGGCUACAUGAACCUCUGCCAGUACCUAUUCUUCUGCCUGUUCUACAUGUUGGUCGUUUACAUCCAGUCAGACGCACUCAACGCAUUCAAUGUGCUGUCUUCGGUUCGAGACGCGGUAGUGCCAAUGGACACUGACGGACGACCGCUUACUAAGAUGGGCUCGCCGGUGGACAUCUUGAACUGGCUCGUGGGCACUGCGUACCCGGUCUGGAUCGAUGAGGUCUGUGGUGACGGGGUCUGCAACGAGCCUUUCGAGUUCCCAGCGUAUGGGAGGUUUGGAUGCCGAUCAGACUGCGGCCCGAACACUAACCUGACCACAGUGCUGAUACAGGUCAGAGCGGACUUUAGGGACGAUCUGUACUCCCCUCGGGCGCUUAUGUCGGCGGUGACGUGGAACCUUUGUCGGCGCGACGAGGAGGCAAAGAAGGCGGGUUUCCCAGACAUUUGCUGGUGGGAGGAGGACCGGAAGUUUACCAAGAUCAAGGAAAACCACCUCGAGACCGUGAACGUCCCCCCAGACACGCUUUGGUUCAUCGCCAUUAAGGGUGACUACAUGGGUCGCGUUGUGGGGAACAUUUUUCUCACCGAAAGGGACGAUCUACCUUGGGUAGGGACUAUGCCCGAGUGGAAGGCGUGCAAGCGUAAUGUGAUUGGCUCACGUCGCAACAUCGAGAGCAGACGCAGGCUUCUUGCCGUCGAUGGGACGGAAUCAGAGACAUUCGACAUGAAUGCGGAAAGUCUGAAGACGCAGAUGUCUACGCACAAGCGCAUUGCCGAGCCAGGAGAGGGGCAGCGCCUGUUGGAGGAGGCCAUGAAACAUGCGCGCACGCCACAACCGCGAGGAUCGCGAGGAUUUGAGAAGUCAGACAUUGCAAAUGACCGAGUCGCUGUUGCUUCGGACGUCGAAGAGACGGUCGAUGAAGUGUUCGACACAAUGAAGCAAGUAGAUGCGCGCGAUCGACAACGCCGUGGGCUGCUGGGGAUGAAUGCUGUCCGCUUUGACGGCGUCAACGCCGGAGUAAUUUCCCAAGGUGAGCUCAACUGGGCCAUAUCCGAGGAGCUCACAUUCGAGGCUUGGGUCCGACCUGAGACUUCCGGGCGCAUGCAAACUCUUGCGUUCGUGGGAACUGGCGACAGCCCAAGUUGGGGCAUCAUGCUGAUGUGUCCUGCUGGGGAUGGAAUCGGUUGUUGUGGUUCGCACAAGUUGAACUCAGUGGCAUUUUUCGUUCCCGGAACUUCAUCAAACGAAGCGUGUGAGAGGAUGCCCUCUUCCGACAAGGGCCUGGAGCUGGAUGUAUGGAGCCACAUUGCGGUGAUUGUGUCGGAGACCAACAUGAACGUCACGUUCGUGAUCAAUGGUGUAUACGCAGGUCACAAUGACACCAACGUUAUCAUUCCAGACAAUAGCAAUGGACCAUUUACUCUUGGUUGCAUGAAGCUGGAAUCGAAUUGCCCAUCACAGGGCUGCGGAUGUUUCGUGGGUAUGAUCGAUGACGUAAGGGUGUGGAACAAGGCGGUCAAUGUGCCCUACAUCCAGCGCUGGAUGAUGAGAAUGGACAAUACACAUCCCGACUACAGCAAUUUACAAGCACAUUAUGAUUUCAACACGCACCUUGUAAACGAGGAGGGUCACACUGAGGUUGCUGGCGAACUCGUGUUCACCAGCUGGUCCGCACUUAUGCAUUCUAAGGAUAGACAUGGCUGGUCCCUCAAAUUUGACCGCAACGAGCAUUCUAUCGCGACGACAUCAGGCGAUGGUAUUCAGCCGGUGAUCUUGGCUGGAAAACUUACUUUCGAGGCUUGGAUCAAGCCAACAAGUAUUGAUGUGUCACAGGCUAUUGCUGCCCUCGGAACAGAUGGCUGGCAAGUGCUCCUGAUGUGUGGCGGUCCCGGGUUGGGAUGCUGUGGAGACCACGUCAAUGGUUCGAUUGGCUUCUGGAUGGAUAGUGAAUGCAAAUCAACACCCUCCUCGAAGGUUGGUGUUCAGGAAAAUGAGUGGUCGCAUAUUGCUGUCGUGGUUGACGUGCACCAAAGACAAGUGUCCUUCUAUGUAAACGGCGAAGAUGCCGGUAGCACGCCGCACGCAUCCAAAAUUAUCAUUAAGGAUGACACAUCGAAUGGUAGCUUUAGUCUCGGUGGCAUCGCAUCGUGUGGAGGGACCUCUGGCUCUCAAUGCCUGGGCUACUCUGGUCUGAUGGAUGGUGUGCGACUUUGGAACACAACGAGAUCGAUUGUUGAUAUUCGCGAGGAUAGAUUCUUCGUGGCAAGCUAUCAUAUGAGCGACUACGCGGAGGCCUCUUUGAUUCUCGCAUACGACGCCACGAAUGCUACAGUUGAGGCCUUGCAGGAUGGGUCGGCGACUGGUGCAGAUGCAAAUUUGGUGAACGUGAAAUUUGCUUUCGACUCACCUAGGAGUGGGUUGCUCACAAACUUUUACUCUCAGCGCGAUGAAAGCAACGCGAGCAUAUCGUUCGAUGGCCUGACUGCGUACGGGCAUGUGCCUUACACCAGCGACCUGGAAUUCGAUGACGAGCUCACAUUUGAGGCUUGGAUCAAGGCGAAUGAUCAUAAACCGGGCACAAUUGCUGCCAUGGAUGAAAACGGUUGGGGAGUUUUCAAGUUGUGCUCUCAGGGUUCUCACGGAAUCGAGUCUGGAUGCUGUCAAGAAAGAACACACAAUAGCAUUGCCUUCUUUCCAGGCCAGUCGACCUCAACUGAUGGGAUUUGCAGCAGUGCUUUUUCUACGGAGGAUCCGAUUCUCAUUGGUCAAUGGACGCACAUCCUGGUGACAGUUAAAAGUGGUUCUUACGUUCACAUGUACAUCGACAAUAAACUUCAACAACUAUCAGAUGCGACAGGUUCCAUUACAGACCCAGCUUACUCUCGGCCUAUCUUCAGGACUCGUGGUGAGAAUGCAACAACAGGGAAUGGACUCUUCAUCGGUGCGCUGCCAAGCUGUGGGAGCACAUGCAUGAUGUUGAAUGCGACCCUGGAUAAGAUCCGCAUUUGGAACGCCGCCGUGGAUAAGGACACAAUUGCAAAUAAUUAUGCUUACCUUCCUGCUUCGGUGAAUCCCAACUACGAGCAUAUCGUCGCCGACUUUGAGGUGAAGGGUAAACAUGAUGGUAUCGUGGAAAAUCUCGCAGGCAUGGCGCAAGAUAUGCAUUUGCUCGGAGCUGCAUCCCUCGAUUACGAAAAUUUUGCGAUGGUGGAUCACCCUGUGCAUGGCAGCGCACUGUACUUUGACGGUCACCGCAUGUUCAUGGAGGUGCGCGAUCGCGAACCUGGAUGGUUCAACUCAGAUAACAUGACCUUUGAAGCUUGGAUUAAACCUAACGACAUCAGCAGGGGUGAAAUUCUGGCGAUGAAGGACCUGUGGGGCUGGAGCGUUAUGCUGAUGUGCAGCGGCACAGAAGGAGAAAAUUGCUGUGUUGAUGGCGAUCACCUGCAAGAUUCAAUAGCUUUCCAUCCCUUUGAUGGCCAAGGCCCAUGCAGCGAAUAUCCAUCGUCAACUUUACCGGUGCAACGUGGAGUCUGGAACCACGUUGCUGUGACGACGGAGAAGCUGAGUGGUGGUGGCCUGACAGUGAAAUUUUUCGUGGACGGCAUGGCUGCAGGGAAGUUCUCCAGUUUCGAUUACACAGUGAGCGGCACCGGAUCACAUAAUGGUACUAUCACUUUUGGAAGGAUUCCUGACAAGAGCUCUGCUUGCGAGGGAGGGUCAUGUAUGCAGUAUAUUGGCCACAUGGACAACGUGCGCUUGUGGUCCAUGACACUCGGAGGUGACACUCUGGCUCAUUACAAGGACGUGCGCCUUGGACAGUUGCAUCCUUAUUGGCUAGCUCUUGUCUUUGGUUACGAUUUCGAUAUUGGCGCCGCUGGUAACGGGAUUGCUGUCGACAUUUCGCAGAAAUUCAAUGCCAAAAUCGAGUUUACAGGCGAGGAACAAGAUUUAAUUCAAGGACAGACGACUCAUUGGCACGCAGAUGAGCUGAAUGUGGGCGAGGAUUUCUUCCCUUCUCUCCCAAGGUCAAUGUAUUUUGAUGGAAAGUCUGUUUAUGGCGUGGACUUCCACCCAGAGCUUGCCCCUCCUGAGUCCAUGACUUGGGAAGCCUGGAUCCAACCAGAUAAGAUCGGUAUUGAUGAGCACAGGGCAGAAGUACUCACUAGUCUUGGAGAUCCGCACAUGGGAUGGGGGGUUAUGCUCAUGUGUGGGAAAGGCGCUACUUCCCCUGGAUGCUGUGAAAAUGGAGAUCACAUCAAGGAUUCGGUUGCCUUCUUUGCUGGGGAAAAUGACGGGGAUUGCAAAGAUUAUCCCUCAUCCACUGGUCAUGUGAAUCGCGGUGAUUGGAAUCACGUUGCCAUCACCGUCUCGCACAUCGGAAAUGGGAAACAAAUCACCUUCUACAUCAACGGAACAAAAUCUGGUUCUUAUUUUAGUGAUGCUUAUCGCAUCGGCGAUGGCGGAGGCGAGAAUACCGAUGAAGAUGUGAUGCUUGGAUUCGGCGGCUUCUCAUCAUGCGAAAUGAUUGAAUCAGAGGAGGAAUCAUGUGCCAGUUACCGCGGUUACAUGGACAACCUCCGGCUCUGGAAUGCUUCAUUGGGGCAGGUUGCCAUCAUGACCAACAUGUUUGACUACAUCCAUGAAGACAACAUCUACUUGCCGUACCUCAUUGCUGAGUACCUUUUUGACGGUGGCAGCAGUAAUUCUGUUGGCGACAAGCACGACUUGAACGUGCCUUUGUUUGAGUGGCACACAGCACUCUCCACGAGCGAGACGCGUGAACUCAAAACUGGCAUACCUGCAGAGUCUGCUGAUGCGGCUGCACUGUUCUCUGGAUCAAUCAUGUAUACUGGACCAUACACUGAUGCUCUUUCGCAGCUAAAGACAAGCGACUUCACACUCGAAGCGUGGAUACGGCCAGAUGCUGGAAUCGAGGGCCAGAUGAUUGCCAUGCUUGGUGACUUUGGUUGGGGAGUGAUGCUCACGUGCAACGGAACUGGAAACGGAUGCUGCAGCGGGUCUGCGCACAUGGACAAUACCAUCGCGCUCGUCACCGACGCUUCGUGCAUGGAUUUCCCUACCUCAGAUGCAGCUGUGAGGCGGAACGAGUGGAAUCAUAUUGCGAUCGUCGUCACUCCCAGUUCUAAGCAUGUUGAUUUCUUCAUCAACGGGACCGCAGCCGGCUCGCACACGGGUGAUUUCACAAUAGAAGAUGGGAAUCAGACGGGGAUCUUCAUUGGUGGAACUCCGGAAUGUCAGCUUACCUCUCACACCUGCAUGAUGUACAGCGGCUUGAUGGAUAACGUUCAUAUUUGGAGCACGGCCUUGACACCCAAAGCCAUCAGAGUUGUGAUGAAUCAUGAAAUACCCGAGGAUGAUAACAUUAUUAGCAGCUUGAUCGCCAGCUAUGCUUUUGACGGCCAUUCUGAAGACACUGCGGGCGAGCAUCAUCUCAAUCGUACGGGUAUUAAUAUUCAACACCUCUGGCCCUUCUCCAUCGAUGAAAACAGAGAACUGGGUCCCAAAAAGACGACAAAUCCGACAUCUGACGCUCUUUACUUUGAUGGCGUGGAAACCCUGGUCUCAGUUCCUUUCAGCGAAAACCUUGUUCAAUCUUCCAUGACAUUUGAGGUUUGGAUAAAACCAGAUGAAAAAGCCAGGGGUGGUUUGAUCGCAUCUAUGGGUAUCGGUGGCUGGGGCGUCAUGUUGAUGUGUAAUUAUGAUGCAUCAUACGCUGACAACGCUGGUUGUUGUGAAGGAGGGAACCACAUAGAGAAUUCUAUUGGUUUUUUUGCUUAUGGCAACAGCGAUACUGAUUGCGUUAGUGUGCCAUCUUCUUCUCUGGCUGUCGAGCCCGGGGAGUGGAAUCACGUUGCCAUCACCUUCGCAGCGCCUUUCAGCAGGUCAAACCCCCGCAAAACUGACCCAGAGCUUUGUUUCUAUGUCAACGGCGAACAGGCAGGGUGCUCCUCAGAUCCGGGUUACAUCGUCAGUAAGGGUGCCGAGUCAAGCGAUUUUACUAUUGGCGGUUAUGACGACUCAAGCUGUGGUUCUGGCAGCUGCGCCGGCCCUGGUUCACGCUAUAAGGGGUACAUGGAUAAUCUUCGAAUUUGGAAGGCUCCGAUCGAUGCCAAGUCUAUUGCCCUUUACAUGCAACGUGACGCCGAGUCUAAACACCCAUACUUUGAUGUGUUGGUGGCUGACUUUAACUUUUGGCCGGACGCUUCUGACCAUACAAAGUUGGACGACAAGACUGGUCAGUUCCAUGCAACAGUAACGGCGGGCGCCUUUUUCGACCCUGAGGAGGACCAGUACUUAUGGAAUCCUCGCUAUACUGAUUUGGUUGGCCUUCCCAAGCAAGGACCAAGCGCGAUGUACUUCAACGGAGUUGAUCAGUAUGUCAAGGUUCCCAACAGCGCCAAGUUGGCCUUUGACGAUUUCCUCACGUUUGAGGCGUGGAUCAAACCUAUGAGCCCCACGCCAUACUCCGAGCCCAUCGUGACUUUCGGCGACCUUUGUUGGUCGGUGUAUCUUCUCUGUGGAGGUGAGGGUCACAUGUGCUGCGGAAAUCAUACUGACGGGUCAAUUGGAGUACUUUCGCAUAAUGGAGAUGAUGCCAAUACUUGUGCAAACGCUCCAUCCUCUACGCAAGCCGUGAAGUACCAGGAGUGGAAUCACAUCGCAGUGACCCUGGACAACGAAUUCAAGAACAUCACCUUCUACGUCAACGGGGAAUUUGCCGGGAACCAAGUCUCGUGGGAUGCGUCCAUUUGCAGUCUCACCAGCACCAGCCGCGGAGACCUUGUCCUUGGCAACUUUGAGGCAUGUCCCGACUGCUCUCCGUUCCUGGGCUACAUGGAUGAGAUUCGCAUUUACAAAACGAUUGUUAACGUUGAUGCACUUGAUCUCUUCAGGACCAUACCUGUUUCUGCAGCACACCCAAACUGGAACGAACUCGUCGCGUAUUACCGAUUCAGCCAUGGGAAUUCAUCAACUGUGUAUGAUUCCAGCCCUGCGGGUGGUCUCGAUGGAGCAAUUCAUUCGGGUGUGCCGGUUGAGUACCUUGUGUGGAGGUCGGAUCACGACCAGGUGUCCGCACCAGGCCUACCGGCUCCCCCACCUUCUCCGCCGUUCCCUCCGCCUCAACAAGGUCCGAGCUCCCUCUAUUUCAACGGCCGUGAUACGUACAUCAAAGUCGAUCGCAGUGACUACGGCGAUAGUUUGACUCCACACGGCGCAAUCACGUUCGAGGCCUGGAUCCGACCAGACAUGGAGGUGCGCGCACAGACAAUCGCAAUGCUCGGAGACCUUGGUUGGGGCGUGAUGUUGAUGUGUGGCAAAGGACAAGGCGUUGGCUGCUGUGGCAAUCAUUUGGAAAGUUCGCUUGGCUUCUGGACUGCUAACAUCUUCCCGAACGCUGGAGCAUGCGCUUCAAUUCCUUCAUCCAACAAAACGGUAACUCGAGGAGCCUGGAGUCAUAUCGCAGUUGUCGCAGAGACCAAACCUUUCAACGAAAACUCAGUCACGUUCUACAUCAAUGGCAUUGUUGCUGGACGCACAAUCGGCUCAUCCGUCUCUGUGAAUGAUGGCAUCGGCGACUUCUACAUUGGAGGCUUGGGCGAGCGCUGUCCUUUGUGCGUCAUGUACAAGGGUCACAUCGACGAGGUGAAAUAUUAUACCGCUGCACUUACAGCAGAAGAGAUUGUUUUCCUCAAGGACUUUGCUGCGGCUGAUUGGCAUCCAGAGAUUGCAAAUCUAGCGCUCUACUACAAGUUUGACUCUGCGAGUGGCGAUGCGGUCAUUGAAAGAAGAAAUCCAUCUGCUCCUCCCUUAUCUGGUGAAAUCGUUUCAUCUGACGCUGAUCACGUCAUAUGGGACACCGAGCUGCUGAAGGACGCUUUGGACGCCCCCGCGCCACCGCCUAUGCCACCGCCACCUGUAUCACCACCACCAGGACAGACUGUCGAUGCUUCUUUAUACUUUAAUGGCCAUGACACAAGGGUCAUGAUACCUUUCCAUGCGGAGCUAGUGCCACAAGAUUUCUUAACUUUUGAUGCAUGGAUCAAACCCGACAUGGAUGUCAAGGGUGAGGUUAUUGCCAUGAUGGGGACUUGGGGUUGGGGCAUCAUGCUCAUGUGCCCUGGCGGCACUGGGAAGGGCUGCUGCGGCACUCACGUGACCAAUUCAAUUGGCUUUUGGAGCGAGAACGUGACUUCUCCUCGUGCCUGUGAGAGACAGCCCUCAUCAACACGAGGCGUCACCCGCGGGACAUGGAAUCAUAUCACGGUCGCAGUCAAUAACUCCAAUGAGGUGCACUUCUACAUCGAUGGGACUCACGCAGGCUCCCAAACGCAAAAUGACCUCACAAAAAUUGCAAUCAAUAUGGGCAGCCUCAGGCGCGACCUGAAGAUUGGUGGAGGCCCCUGCCCUGAUGGAUGCCUUAACUACAAGGGCUACAUCGACGAGGUUAGCAUCUUCAACGACUUAUGGUCUAAGGAAUACAUAUGGGAUAGGAGAGGCAUGCGACUGGACCCUUCCCUGCCAAAUGCCAUCGCCGCUUACACCUUCACGCGCACUGAGUACAAAGCGAACGGAACAAAUAUUCAGGAAUUAUACGGUCGCCAGGGAUUUGACGGCGUCCUUCUUUCCAGUGACCUUCCUCAGUUUGUGUGGAGCAAUGAUGAUUAUGUUUCAUUAACGCAAAUCCCACCGCCGCCGCCCUCGCCUCCACCAUUCUACGAUGAGAGGUACCGAGGUCCGAGCUCACUUUACUUUGAUGGAGUGGAUGUCUCAGCUCUCAUCCGCGAACAGCAGAACGACCCGCUAGAAUUCAAUUUCUCAGGCGGGGACACUUUCUUUGCCGAUGAACCUUCGGGUUACAUGACCUUUGAGGCUUGGAUUAUGCCAGAACGUGUAGAUAAGUAUCAGUUCAUCGCAUCAGUCGGUGUCUCAGGGAGUGACGACGUCUCCAACUGGGGUAUCGCGAUUAUGUGUGGAAGAGGUCGAGGGCCAGGUUGCUGUGGAGAUCCAAAAUACACGGAUGGUUCCAUUGGAUUUGUCGCAACCAAAAGUUCUACGGAGCUUCUGGCUUGUUCUCUGGCUUAUUCGUCGAAUUCGUCUUUCCCGGAUUCUGACAAGCUUCAAAGCAACACGUGGCAACACAUAGCCGUCGUGGUGGAUGCACAUGCUACUCCAGAGAACACUCGGCCAGAGUUUCUAGUGAGAUCCGUUCAUUUUUACAUCGGGGGCAAACCAGCCGGGAGUUAUACGACGGAGAAGUACGAGAGAAUUCACUUCCCCAUGUCCAAAGAUUACAACAAAGUCGGAUACAAUGACAAAAGUGGCUUACAUCUCGGGCACGGCUUCUGCGGGAGGUAUUUUUCUAGUGCCUUUACUGGCAAAACAGAAAAGAAUCACUGUUGGCAUUUCAAGGGUCACAUUGACGAGCUCAAGUUGUGGAAAACGGCGAUGUCGACAACCAAUGUGGAGACUCACCACCUGAAUCCAGUCCUCUCGUGGCACCCAGAUCUUUCGCACCUCAUGUAUUACUUCAGAUUCGACCAUGGUAGUGGCGUCAACAUUGUCCCAAAGAAUUACACAGUCGGCCAGCACGUUCAAUCACGGGGUACAAACAUGAUACUAUAUCCUGAAAAGAAGUUGGAAUUAAUUUGGGACAAUAAAACUCACCAUCCCGCGUUACCUGAGGGCAGUAUCCAUGCGCCGCCGCCGCCUCCCCCGUCUCCGCCUCCGCCGCCGCCGCAGGAAGGCAAAGCUGUGAUGUCCUUCAAUGGAUACGACACGUUGCUUGCGACGCCGUUCGAUUCCGCGCUUGCUCCGUCUGACUACAUCACAUUUCAGGCCUGGAUAUAUCCCAAGGAGAUCAACAGAGCGCAAGUGAUUGCUAUGAUGGGCAUCGACGGAUGGGCCGUGAUGCUGACAUGCCCUGAAGGUAGCGGAGCUGGUUGCUGUGGCACCGAGGAUACGCAUGCAUCCGGGUCGCUGAUGUUCUGGACUUCACCCUUCCCAGGUGAGGACAACUGCGAGGUUGCGCCGACUUCGACAAAACAAGUUAAGCUACGUCAAUGGCAGCAUGUGGCUGUGGUGGCUGAUGUUUACGGCGGCACGGUGAGCUUCUAUAUCGACGGUGAAUCUGCAGGAAUGUCAUACGUGCACAUAAACAAAGAGGCCUGGGAGUUCACAACGGAAGAAAGCAAGCGGAAACAAAGAGGCCUGCACAUCGGACAGAGUGGCAGAUGCAAGUGCUUGCAAUACAAAGGUUUUAUCGAUGAAAUCAGCGUUUGGAAUGCCGCGAUUUCUCCGGCAGAUAUCAGAUUGCACUGGAAAACCGAGCCUGUCGAAUGGCACACUAAUUUCGACGACAUCAUCGCGUACUGGAAGUUCAAUACGGCACACAGGUUGCCAAGUGGCAACAUCACUUCAGAGUACGCAGUAGAAGGAUCUGGCGACAAAAAGAUAAACAUCACAAUCGUCGAAUCGUCAGAUCAAGACCAAACGCUAUUCUUCAACAAGACACAGAUGAUGGGCAUUCCGAUUCCCACAUACUUCCCGCCUUCAGCUCUUGCGCCUUCACCACCACCGCUGCCACCGCCGAGUCCCCCGCCGCAGCUUGGUCCAAGUGCCAUCUACUUCAAUGGCAAGGACACCCAAGUCAAGUUCAAUUUCUCGAGCAACACAGAUGAAAUGAUAAACCAUUUUGCGCCCCAAGAUGCUUUCACCUUUGAGGCUUGGGUCAAACCAUCCACUAUUGAUAAGCUCCAGUUCAUCGCUGCUAUUGACAAUUACGGCUGGGGGAUAUCGUUGAUGUGCAACCACGGCGUUGGAUGCUGCGACAAACAUCAACCCGGUGCGUUGUCCUUUUGGACACACGAAGGUCCUGACCCGUCAAAUUGUGAGAAUUCAAUUUCUUCCAAUCGAGGCUUAACGGUGAAUAAAUGGCAACACAUCGCUGUUGUCGUGUCAAUUAGACCAACUGAGACGGAUGAUGCAGGCUGGACCCAUAAGCUGCCGUCAAGUGUGAAGUUCUACAUUGACGGUGAGCCCGCUGGGUGGAAGGAGACACUCCCUGCCCAACCACAGAAAGAUCAGAUUCGCAUCUUGAAUGGUACGGACUACAAGCUUAGUAAACCGAGCGCGAUGUAUUUCGGUAGAUUCGGCACGUGCCAAUGCAUGAUGUACAAGGGUUUCCUCGACGAAGUCCGCAUGUGGCACGCUUCAUUGGCUGGUGAAACAAUCAAAUCAUUCAAGGAUCUUGGCCUUGUUAACUGGCACCCCAACUUUGAGGAUGUCCUUGCCUACUAUAAAUUUGACAGGUCCUACGGCUCGGUGGUCUACGACAGGAGCGCUCUCAGAAAUGACCCAUACAACGUCACAGAAGAUGCAGGUUAUCAAGGCGUCAUCACCUCAACUGACGCGGAGUAUUCGAUGUGGAAUAACUCAACCAACGUGAAUGUCCCCGAUUCCGCCCCAAGUCCUCCUUCUCCGCCUCCUCCGGGUAUGACUGCAUCUGAUGGCGCCUCUUUGUACUUUAACGGUGAAGAUUCUAUGGGUGUCGUCGAGUAUCAUCCGGCCAUGACGCCAGAAGAGGUGUUCACAUUUGAGGCCUGGAUCCGCCCUGAGAAUCUUGACAGAUAUCAGCAAAUUGUUGGCAUCUCGAACGAUGGUUGGGCAAUUGAUUUGACCUGCAAUUUGCCGAGCAAUAACGCCACGGAUUACCAAAACACGAUGUGUACCAAUCACUCGGAUGGCACGAUUAUAUUCUAUCAAGGUCGCGAGUCUGUGGGUUGUGAUGCUGUCUUGGCGUCAAACUUCACGGUGAUGAAAAAUGCCUGGAACCACAUCGCGGUAACAAUAGUCCGCGGAGAAAGUGUCAAGUUCUACAUCAAUGGGACAUCCGCAGGGACCUACACCACCUCCCCAGGCGCGGAGGGCACACGGGUUGUCACGAAUGACUGCCUGGCGAUGUCCAAUGGCACCAAAUACAUUGAUCCACGCGUCGGAGAGCUUCAUUCCUACCUCACUUUUGGUGGUUACCAUGGGAAGUGUGCAGAUGAUAAGAUUCGCUGCCUGUUCUUCACUGGUCACAUCGAUGAGGUAAGGUUUUGGGAAGCCGAGCUUGCUCGAAAGGAUAUCAAGUUUUUCAUGAAUUACGGCGUCGUCUCUUGGCACCCAAAUGCUGGUCACAUCAUCGCCUACUACAAAUUCGACAGAGGUUACGAGAUCGUCGCGCACGAGUACUUCCACACCAGAGGUUUCGACGUGGAGCUCAGGACAAACAGGACGGAUCAGAUAUGGGACACCAACACAUCUGUUGCUGCUCCUGCGAUCGAUUCACCCGCCUCUCCUCCUCCACCACCGAUGCCGUCACCGCCGCCGCCAGAGCCCUCUUUGCCUCCCGCACCCCCUCCAAAACCACGAGGAAUGUACGAGCCUCGCGAAAACGAGGGAAACACAGCAAUCUACUUUGACGGCUCUGCAUCAUACGGCGAGAUUCACUCGACACCGCGCCUCACUUCUUUCGCAAGCACGCAAGCACUUACAGUUGAGGCAUGGAUCAAGCCUGACACCAGCGGUGAUGAGUUUGCACGACUGCAAACAAUUGCCAUGCUUGGUAAUCUCGGCUGGGGCGUUCAGCUCAUGUGCCCGCAUGGCUCAGGAUUUGGAUGCUGCGGCGAUCACAAGAUGCGAGCGGUGGGCUUCUUCAUGGACAGCAAACCGAACGAGCUCACUUGCAAGGACACCAUGAGCUCCGACGUUGGCGUUGAUCUCAAUCGCUGGACCCACAUUGCGGUUGUGGUGAAUCCAAGAGGCUGGGUCGAAAAGUUCUAUUACGAUGUGGAAGCCAUCGCCCCAUCGCCUCCCCCGCCGUCGCCCCCCCCGCCGCCGCCAUCUCCUCCGCCUCCCCCGCCGUCGCCGCCCCCAUCUCCUCCGCCGCCGUCGCCGCCCCCAUCUCCUCCGCCCCCAUCUCCGCUUGCGCCAGGGGAAGGAUUCGGCGGUUGCGAGUGCACGUGCGAAGGGAAGAUAGUUGCGGAUAUUAACGUCACAGAUGAUCAAGGCGGCCAGGGUGUCUCGGAAAGCUUUUGCACGGCAUCAUGGGGGCCAGAACAAUGUGAAUUCAUGGCGAACCAAACUAUGAUCUCGACCUGCACCUCGAACUUCACUGUCAAUUGGGUGUACAAUUCUUCAUAUACUGGGGCCAACUUCGACGGUUCAGGCCAGACAAACGGGAGGCGCCUGCUGACGGCGGCUCGGUCCGCGUAUCAGGCCGCGUCCCAAGGCAGGAGGCGCAUGCUGAGUUACGAAUCGAGUGCAUCCUGGUCUUCCCGCGAGACGUUCAUCGGGGAAGACAUUGGAACUGUCCCGGACCCGACCAGAGUUGACCAGACGUACACGGAACUCGUCGGGAUCUACGCGGUUUGCGACUAUCCUGAUGUGCGCGUGGAUCCCGACCUGAACACGGCGAGGACGAGGAUGUGGAUGAUCGAGGUUGAAGUCACUAUGGCUAAUUUCACACGACGCUCAGUUGUGAGACCUCUCGCCGCAGGCUACAAAGAUGACGUGGUGGACUGCAUGUACGCGAGCCCGAGCGAAAUUGAGGCGGCGUGGAAUUCAAAAUCGGAUGUCUCCUUGGCGCCGAAAGCCAGCGAACCACCGGGCAUAGGGAUCCGGGAAAUGUUCCUGAUGCCGUACAGCGAUGACUUCCCCUACGCCUAUCCUGACGCUCAUGAGACGACCCACAAUUUCACUUGCAACGAUUGUUUCCCUCGCGCUGAAUCCGGUGAGUGGGACGGGAUCGCUUUUGCCGUGCACUCGACUGCUGCUGCUGACGCAAUGGUGGGUGAAUCAUUCAAGCUCACACAUGUCUCUUUUGGAGGCGACGAGAUGGGUGGCGUGGAAAAGGAAGCUGACUUUGUGAAACUUCCUGAGUAUCACAACACCACCUCAGCGAAAUACAUUGCGUAUCGCUGUGAACCAGGCGCGACUGCCGUGGACGAUAUGCUCUACAUGGUCGGCUUCAAGUUUACUGUGGAGUCGGCGGUUGUCAGAGUGUCCUCCGCUGACUUGACAGGGAAUGCAUUAUCUCCUGCGAGAGUUCAGAACCAAACUUGUUCUGAAUUGACUACAGGUAACAUCAAUGAUUACGUCAACAUCGAUACAUACCGCGCGGCAAACGAGACUGACCUUGCUUUGGGCGUUAAACAGCCUGGUGUGGGUGUCAGUGACGUUCGCAUCUCAACGCGUAUGGACGUUCGAGCGCUCCGGAUUAAUCCUCACCCAUGGGAUGACGUUGGGAGUGCCGUUCCGACGCAUGGAUAUCAAAUUGCUGCGAACGACCAGAUGGUUCCGUACUUUGUCGAGAUUGUCGGCAGUAACCUUACCAAGAGUCCUCACAAGAACCUCGCGAAGUUCCAUCAGAUUGGGACCCGGCGUAAGCAGAGGCUUGAAUACCACACGACAGUCAGCUUUUAUGUUGACGGGUCAAAGGCGGGUGCCUUCUUGAACCAUUCAAUGACUGAUGACACGGGAGUACCCAGUGAGUUCAAGCUGAGGAUGAUGCAACCACUGACGAUCGGCCGAGAGAAGGAUCCAUCACUUUGGAUCGGCAGAUUGGGAUCAGCUUGUGAUGAUCCCGGCUGCAUCCAUUACAAAGGGUCUAUCGAUGAGUUGAGAAUUUGGGAAGAUGCCGUCACCCAAUCUAAUCUAAACUUCUGGGCAGAUUACAAGAUAAAAUCGUGGCACAACAAUUUCCAAGAUUUGGUUGCAUAUUAUGACUUCACAUACAAUCCGGCCUCGCCAAUGUCUGUGCGCGCACGAAGCGCCAACAUGACCGUGCUUCACGAUGCAUGGCACGACAACACUACUGGAAUAAUUGACGCGACCGUGGAUGAGGAUAUGACGUUGCGCCUGAUUGACACUAAGUGGCUCUACAACGGCUUUGCGAAAGAUGUGAGUGUGGAUGUCUCUUCAGACGCCGGCAGCAUGGCGCCGCCGAGUCCGCCUGCACCUCAACCAAGUCCACCACCGAGCCCGCCACCUCCCACUAACUUCGCAGCAGGAUACGUCUGCCCGUUCAAGUGCUCUGACCGGGUGGAUUACGAAUGCCCCUGUUAUUCUCAGGCUUGUCAGAUGCAAAUACUUGAGUUUGGAAAGGCGGAUGUUGCAUGCCUUCAGAUAAUCACAGGUUACUGCUUGGCUGGCGGUCAGGUUGAGGAAAAGGAACCCUGUGCGAAAUUUGUCGAACGCCCGGUUACGAUUCGAAAAGCGUCUCCUCUUGCGCCUUUGACGUUGUCCCCCGACACCGCGCCUGGUGGUAUCAGUAUGGACUUCCCCGCGGGUGCGUUUACAUCUGAAGUAGAUGUUGCGAUCAGUGCGUUCUCAGACUUCAGCGAAAUUAAAGCUGGCACUGGGCCUUUCCCUGAUAAGCCUUCGUCUGACAUGAUCGUCUUGCAGCCGCACGGCACACAGCUCGCAGAGCCCGUCCGGAUGUCGAUUCCUUUCGAGAUGGGGUCAGGUGGCAACUUUUCAAUGGGCAAGACUGCAUCUCCAGACUCGACCAUCUGGAACGUGCUGGAAGUCAACGUCACUAACGCCUGUGAUGUCCCGGGACAGACAAAGUGCGAUGUGGCCACCGAGUGCGGAACUCCCAGACAAUGCAAGUGGGGCUUCGCUGCAGGGUUCAUAAGCUCUUUCUCAGUCGUCGCGGUAUUCCCAGCACCGCAGCCACUCCCUGAAUUGGGUGACAUAACAUUGCCCGAUGGGUACACAUGCCCCUUUACCUGCACUGGCACAAAAGAGUUUGAUUACGUCAAUAAAAGGGACAACAUCUGCCCUUGCAAAUUGUCUAAGUGCGCUGACAACCGCCUGGAUAUUAUCAGCGCUGAUUUCCCAUGCGUGCAGGGCAUGAUUGAUUAUUGCGCUGUUGCCCCUGGAUGGUUCUAUGAGCCAGCAAAUUGCUGGCCAUACCACGCCAGAAAUAUUAGUAUCGACGUUGUCAGCGGCAUCCAUCACACGUACAAAAAUACUCCAGUACUGGGUGAUCGUCACGUGGCAAUCAGUUGGCCCGAUGUACCGAGCCCACUGGAGAUAUUGGUGACCGAAGUUGCUCGAGAAGAUCUUGAGAACUUCAAGGAUAAACUUCCUGAUGAUUACGCAGAGGCCAAAUCAGAUUAUAUCUUCAUCAGACACAAUGGAACAUCACAAGACGACGUUAAGUUCACCCUGCGCAUACCGUUCGACUCGAGACUCAUUGUGAACACCGAUUACAAGGAGGCAUUCAAGCUCGCAUAUCUGGGGAGCACGACCGCUUCGAAGUGGGAAGAGGUUGCCGAGACGGAUGUCAAAUUCUACCAACGCGGCGAAGAGCCGAAGCACUGGUCCUUGAGCGGGCAAGAUUGGUAUAAUCAAAAUACGUGGACGAAUUGGUACGAUCAAAGCACGUGGACGGAAGAAGAGGUGAAGGCAUCAUACAAGGGCAGGUACGAAGAAGAAGGCAGUUUCAACACGGCUUACAGUGAAAGCUGGACGUCCUGGUUUGACGAAAUGUACGACAAGGACCCGCCCAAACACUUUGACAACACUUCCGUCAUUUGGUACAUGGAGGCGAACGUCACGAAGUUUGGUGUGUACUGCGUCAUGGAACUGGGUUACAACAAGCCUCCCCCUCCCCCACCGCCACCUCAGAUUCCACCUCCACCGAGCCCACCGCCCCCGUCUCCUCCACCAUGGCCAGACGUAGAGCAGGGUUCCACUGAGCUGAUUUUCAAUCUGAAAUUCCCUGGAAUCUCAAGGAACAGAAUCUACGAGGAGAAAGCUGCAGGUAAAAGUCUAUCUGGUCGGCGGCGGCAACUCCUCGCUCCUUCGUUUGGAAAUCACGAUAUGGUUCUCAAUGCUCUCCAGCAGCAUUUUGGGAAUCUGAUUUCCGAUGAGGUUCGCACUGGCAGGCGUUUACUCAACGACCAAAAUCAGGCUUUCAUAUUUCUGCAAGCGUUGAAGGAUGCCAUGAUGGAUCGAUCUGGACUUACUUCGGAUUACGUCCGUAACGGCGCCGUCAGCCCCGCUGAUGACGAUACAUCAAUCACGGUGGAGUUUUCAUUGGUGUUCAAGGAAAUACGCGCUGGCCAGCCGGGACGAAUCACCCCCGGAAUGGUGGAUGAAUUGACCAGUGGCUCCACGAUGGAAAAUUCUGUUUUGAAGUCAUCUAUCGCAAACAAAUUGUCGGAAUAUGGCUUCAGCUCGGAUUUCAGAUUGGCUGCUGCGACUUGGGGUCUCGACGGUUCGCCAAAGGAAGUGGUCGUUGUCCCGCCUCCUCCACCGCCGCCGAAUCCACCGCCGCCUCUCAUCAAGAGGGUUGUCGCACCUCCGCCGCCGUUUCCUCCGCCGCUGCCAGUCUACAAGCUUCCAGAUUUUCCAUCGCCACCUCCAGCUCCACCGCCCUUCCCACCGCCGUUUCCUCCACCAUUUGAAUUGUUUGCUCCAAAGCCGCCGCCACCGCUUCCGCCGCCACCGCCUGAGUUGACUCCUCCAGUGAUCACACUCAAGCUUGGCGAUUCUUGCGUGCCGGACGACAAAGAGCUGUACACGGUGGUUUGCACGCUGACCCAGACGGUCAUCUCAAACAUUUGGUCGGACCCAGGCUUCACUGCGAUCGAUAACGUGGAGGGCGCAUAUCCUAUCGAAAGGGUCACUGUUCAAGGUUGGCCUGCUUUGGGUGAAUCCAAGCUUGGGCAAAUCGACUUGUCCCUAGAGAAGAUUGACACACCUUACACAAUUACGUACGACGUAGCAGAUGGGUCUGUAAACAAGAACCAAGCGAUCCAGAUGACUCGCAAGGUUUACGUGCUGCCCCCCUGUGAGGUCACAGAGAAGUGCAAGCCCAAGUUGUGCAAGGCUCUAUCGACAGCGACAGAAAUCGUCUGCGAGACCUGUGACGCCAGCGGAAACACUUUUUGCCUUGUGGAGCAAGAAGUCCGAGAGGUUGCUGACCUUCGGCCCCCGAUCAUCACGACCGAAAGGCAGCUCAAAGUAAACGACGGUCCGGACAAGCGAUACAGCUUCCGUUCCACAGAUGAGAGUGGGAAAGAGAUGGUCGUGAAUUACGUUGAGCAAGGGCAAACUUUUAUUGAUCCUGGUGCCUCUGCGGUCGAGAUCGUCACCAGCACUGAUCAAAAGACUCAGGUCGCGACAGUCACCACGUCUGAUAUCUCCGGUGACAUCACAACAAAGAUAAUCGGGAACAAGGAUACGGAGUUACUGCAGCCUGGUGUAUUCUUUCGGUACAAAUACGAAAUCACACAAACUGAUGGAACGAUUCUCAGUGCAAUCCGACCCGUGAUCAUCCUCAACCCUUGCGUCACAACAAAGACGGGCUCGUUCGGUGACAUUAUUGGAUCAAAAGCAGUGCCGAUGUAUAAAGGCCCAGACGGAAAGGAUAAAGAAGAGCGCCUAUGCGAAGAUGCGGAGCUCGAACUGAAGACUGGCGUGAAAAGGUAUAAAUCCACUGCGGCAUGUUCUAUCAAUGGCUUGUGUAUCGGUCUUGAGGAGACACAGGUCGAUGAGGUUGAGGAGAAGCCAAACGAACCGCCCGUGGUGAAACUCUAUGGUGCGAACGUCGUUGAAAUACUUGCAGGCCAAGCGUGGCAGAUAUGUCUCCCUGGGUCCUCCGCCGACGCCCUAUGCGACAGGGGUAUCGAUGAAGCGCUCUCAUUUGACCCUGAGCAGGGGAAAAUCACAAACAAGCUGAUCAAGGUCUGCGCCGGUGAGGAUGGAAAGGGGGGUGCCAUCUUCGCAGACUCGCAUGAGUCGAUUAAAGGAGGACAAUCUCUCAGCAGAGUAUGCGGCUUCAACACCUUCAAUCCCGGAACCUUCACUGUCGACUACUCUUUCUUCGACAACGAGGGGCUUUCCUCGAGAGUCUUCCGGCAGGUGAUUGUCAAACCCGACUGCACAAAGCUCAGAGCGGGUAAUGGCGAGCCAGAGUUUCUGUGUGAAAACAAGGUGCUGGAUGAAAAUGGCUUGGAGGCCUACGUCUGCUCCGUGAACAAUUAUUGCGUUGGCGAUCUCGUGGAGACAGUCGUCGAGUUGGUUGAGAGUCCUCCUGUGAUUGAGCUGAAUGUUGUUCCAGGCGUUGUCGACAAGACUGUGAACGUCAGGAAAUAUCAGCCGUACAAGCCGUGCGAGGUGAACCCUGCCACUGGUGAAAUGAUAUUGCCGGAAAACACGUUCUUUGGCGAUGGGCUCUGCGACCCGGGCGUCACCGCUUAUGAUAUUAAACAGGAACGUGGCCAAGGAGGUGAGAUUUUAGAGGUGAGGAAAAAUCUGACCACCGAGGUCCUUUCCUGUCCUCCAAUUGAGUGCCAGUCGCUUGAAAAAUGCGACGAUCACCUUUACACCAACAAGGGCUUGGAUGGCUGCAUUGACACAAAUGUGGAAGGAGAAGUCCAGAUUGAAUUCACCAUCCGUGACGAUGCAUCGCAGAUUUCGAAGGUGUACCGCACAAUCAAUGUCAUAGGACCCUGCCCCAUUGGGUAUGAAUACUGCCCAGGUGUACAGGAAGAUCAAGCUUGCCAACUGGAGGAGGUAUGUCAAAAUGCCGCCGCACUCGCUGCCGCCGCCGCCGCCACUGAAGAAGUCGCUGAUACGGAAGCUCCAAAGUUUACUCGGUUUGUACCGAAAUCCGCAAUAAUGCUCGAAUAUGGAAUCGAUUAUGUGGGCACGAGAACGCCUUUCAAGCCCUGUUAUGAUGCUGACGAUCGUUUGACCGCUAACGAUAUGUUGGCACGUGGCACUGCGAACGCCACAGAGUAUCCGUGUGCAAUGCGGGCUACUGACAACCAAGAGGGCGAGGUCUCACAAUACAUCCAGGUCACACAAGUGAUCACAGGGUCCGAGAGCUUCUUUGCAAUUGAUCAACACGGCACGGGAGUGAUCCCUCCGGGUCAGUACACGUACCAGUACACAGUCUCAGAUCUUGCUGGAAAUGAUGCCACUGAGACGUUGAUUAUCAACGUGGUGCUUCGCAAGUUUGUGCUCCUUCCAGAUAUUGCGAUAAACAGGACACUGUUUGAAGAAAACAACUUCCAGAAGAAUUUCAAGGAGUCAUUCGCUAAGGAUCUCAUUGACUACGGCCUUCCUGAGAAUGUCAUCUUCAAUGGAUAUGAGGACCUUGAGCUGCUCAACAUCACUGAUUCUGGAACCGACAAGAAGUUUACAGUUAAGGUGACGUACUUCGAGCUCCCGGCUGGUGUGAAUGCCAACGGAACUCCGUCCAGCAGCAGUCGCCGACGCCGUCUACUCGCCAACACGAUUGCCGGUGGUGCAACUUCUGGCGUGAGCAGCUCUUUGUCUAGUGCCGCAACUGCCUCAUCGGGCACAAACCAGACAAUUAACGUUACCGCAAGUGCAACAGAGGGAUCUGAUUCACCAACUGUUGACAUGGACGCAGCUGUGCUCGCGUCUAUCGCCGGCGAAAUUUCUGUGAUCAGCAAUCAAAUUUCUGCUUCCAUGGCAGGUCUUGACGACAUGAUCACUGCAGUUGCUGCCUCAGGUGGUAACCCUUCAGCUUAUAAGCAGCGCAUAGCAGAUUAUUGGAAGAGUCUGCUCGUCGCCGCUGAUGAGACCACGAAAGGACUGCAGUCGCAGGCGGAGGAAACAUUACGUGUACUCGAUGCCACUAUCAGCGUGCAGCAGGAAGCGCUCAACUCAGUCUUGGAGCUCGAAGUUCUUCUUAAGAAACAGGCUGACGAGCUCAAGGCCGCUCUGGAUGCACUUGGCGAGGACACGAACAAUGAGCUUGGCAAAGCAUGCCAAUUUCGCUCUAAUAUUGGUGGUGCUGAAAUUUUCUUCAACGUCACGAAAUAUUCUCCUUUGGGAAUGCCGCCGCCUGCCCCAGCCCCCCCGCCUUCUCCGCCUAUGCCGCCUCCACCUCCACCAUCUCCGCCUGCACCAUCACCACCCCCAUCUUCUGGUCGUCGCCUUCUGGAGGUGACUGAGGAUGAGGAGAGGCUGCAUCACCUUGUCGCUGGACUCCUCGAAGUAUCCGAUGACAUGGAAAUCGAUCAAUUUGGAGACCAACACCAUGAGAGUGGCAGAAGACAUCUGUUGGCCACGCCGUCGUCUGGUUCCUCUCCCUCAGCUGGCUGGACUGCGGCAAAAUCUUCGGUAACUGACUGGAAAGGGUAUGACGUUCUGCAGGGCGGUCCAAGUGAACAGUACAAGGCUCCCAAAUCCUACAUCGGUCGCCGAUUUGUGAGCAACACAAACCGCAUGGUGGGUGGUCUGCUGAUUCAUCAGGUGCGAAGCGAAUUCAGCGAGUGUGAAGGGACCAAAUUCAAGCACAUUGCCUCAUCGUGCCGAUCCGAUGAGCCCUCUGUCAAACCUUUUGGCGUCGAUCCCGUUUUCCGACGCCCUGAGGCCGGCCAGGGAACCUUGGAAUCACUGUAUAAUGUGAAGCUUGAAGAUUUUGUAGGCGAUUACUACAACACUUCUCAAGCAUCAGGUUCACUUCGCGCAAGCACAUCGGAAAAAGGGGGUGUGCCUUACGGCUUCAUCCACAGAGAAGUACCGGGAUACCAACCUGGGUUCCCUGUGUACAUCGACAUAGCCGCCACUCGCGGGCACGUUGCCAACCUUAUUCAGUACCUCAAGGAAGGUCUAUUCUUUGACGCAUCGACACGAUCUGUCACCGCACAGGCUGUCACGUACAACCCAAAUCUAAGGCAGCUUGCAAACGUUAUGGUGAUCUUCAAUUUCACAGAGGCAGGAGACCUCUCUGUGUCACACAAGAUAACCAACAUGAACGUGAAGUGGUACACAGAAUGGAAUGACCAAAACAACGAUGGCCUGAACGAUGGAUUGGUGCAGCUAACGCUUGAGAUCAUACUCGUUGGGAUGAUCACUUACGCUGCUUCACUCGAGCUGAGAGAAUUUGUGAGCGUCUGUAUGGAUGAGCGCUCAGUUUUAGCAGGUAUGCAGUAA